AUGAGGACUGUGCCAAAAUGGGUGAAUAAAAUACAUGAAGCUGAUAAAGUGGAGUUUUCUAGUGUCCACACCAUAUGCUUCAGCCCUGAUGGUACUCAACUAGUAGUUGGUGCAGGAGAGAAAGUUAUGGUGUAUGAUCCCCGUGAUGGAGCUCUUGUACAACUUCUCCAAGCACACAAGGGAGCAGUGCAUGCAGUCGCUUACUGUAGUGAUGGAAAGAAAUUUGCAAGUGGAAGUGCUGAUCGAAAUGUUAUCAUUUGGACAUCAAAAAUGGAAGGUGUAUUGAAAUAUUCGCAUGGCGAAGCUAUUCAAUGCUUAGCGUACAACCCAGUAACAAUGCAUUUGGCAUCGUGUGCAAUAUCUGACUUUGCCUUUUGGUCUGCUGAUGUGAAGGCAGUGCAGAAAUAUAGAGUUUCAGGGCGCAUCACCAGUUGUGCUUGGUCAUCGAACGGGCAGCACCUAGCCAUAGGCCUGGCUUCUGGUGGAGUCACUAUAAGGGAUAAGGGUGGUGAUGAGAUUCAAAGAAUAACAAGAGAUGCAGCAGUAUGGGCUGUGACAUUCUCAAAGUCAAUUCUUUUGGUAUCAGAUUGGAAUGAAAUGUUGUCUUUCUACAAUAUUCAAGGACAGCAAAUGUAUAAAGAAAGAAAUAUAGGCAUAGCAGGAUUGUCAAUAUCUCUUCUUGGGGCACUGGUGCUUGUGGGUGGUGUUGGUGGUUGGGCAGUACUAACUGCAGAGGGAGUGCCUAUAAUUAACACUCAGCAAGAGUGGGUGUGGGCCAUUGCACCUUCACCUUCAUUGAAUACUUUGGCAGUGGCUUGUCAAGAUGGUACCCUCUGGUGUUACCAAGUGGUGUUUAGUACAGUGCACGGUCUGUAUCGUGAGAGGUAUGCCUACAGGGAGAAUAUGACUGAUGUCAUAAUUCAACAUCUUACUACAGGAAACAAAGUUAGAAUAAAAUGCCACGACAGAGUGCAGAAGAUUGCUAUAUACAAACAUAGACUUGCGGUCCAAUUACCAGAACGUGUUGUGGUUUAUGAACAAGGCGACGUAGAAGGAAUGUUGUAUAGAGUCAAAGAAAAAUUGUCACAAAAAACAGAAUGUUCUUUGCUGGUCGCUACAAGUGAUGCAUUGUUACUUUGUCAAGUCAGUAAUGAUACUAAACUAGUGAUGAUCGGGAGACGUAUACCAAAAUCAUGGACAGUGCCAACUCCAAUACGUUAUGUGAAAGUUACCACAUUAUACUUUGAAGAGGUUCUCUUAUUGGGACUUUUAAAUGGACAGAUAUGGCAAGUAGAACCUAGCGAAGGAGAGUCAAAGAUGAUACUACAGACUCCUGCUAGUGUUCGCUGCUUGGAUGUAAGCGCGUUAAGAAGCCGUUUAGCUGUCGUUGACGAGUCAUCAGUAUGCCGCGUCUACAGUCUGCCUACUGGUGAUCUACUUUAUACGGAAGAGAAUGUGUCCUCUGUAUCUUUCAACUCGUGGUGCGAUGAACUUCUUGCCCUAUCAGGCGGUGGGUUACUAUCAAUCAAGGCCGGACAAUUUCCACCUGCGACGCAACCUUUGACAGGUUCAGUUGUUGGGUUUCAAGGUGGUAGAGUAUUUUGUUUGCAAGCUAACUCUAUGCAGACUAUAAACGUGCCCUUAUCACACGCUGUCCACCAAUAUAUACAACACAAACUUUUUAAUGAAGCGUAUGCUGUGGCAUGUUUAGGAGUCACACCGCUAGAUUGGGAGCGAUUGGGCAUAGCAGCUCUCGAGGAACUAUCUUUCGAAGUUGCCAGAAAAGCAUUUCAACGCAGUGAGAACAUCAUCUAUCUCACUCUUAUUGAUCACUUACAGGAGCGAUUCGAGGCGGGCGAGAAACGCGCCGUUAUAGUGGGCGAAGUGUGGGCAUACCGCGGUCGUUACGCGGACGCGGCGCGUUCCUUUCACAGCGUGGGCAGAGAUGAGCGUGCGCUCAAUCUGUACGUCGACUUGCGCAUGUUCAACAAAGCACAGGAGUUUGUAGGAGAGGGCGACGGGCUAGCAGCUUUGGCUCGACGCAGAGCGGAGUGGGCGCGUCACGUGAAUGAACCACGAGCCGCCGCUGAAAUGUAUCUUGCCGCGGGCGACGUGCAAAAAGCCGCCCAACUCAUGGCUGAGAGCGGCAAAAGGGAUAUGUUAAUAGAACUUGCUCGCAAGUUAGACAAAGGAUCGAGUGAGUCACUGCGUCACGUUGCUGAAGCAUUGGUAACUGCUGGUGAAAUGGCCACUGCUGCUGAUGUCUAUUGCCGUCUGGGAGAUUAUAGAAAAGUAGCCCAAUUAGCUGUAUCAAGUGGAGAAUGGUCCCGUGCAUUUUCGCUGGCGCGCGAACAUGUGGAGUGCAAGCGAGACGUUUACCUGCCGUAUGCCCACCACAUGGCACAGCAAAAUAAAUUUAUAGAAGCUCAAAAAGCUUACCACAUGGCUGGUGAGAUUGAAACGGCAGUCCACGUGUUCACCAUAUUGGUGGGAAACGCAGUCGCCGAGGAGAGAUUCAGCGACGCCGGUUACCUUCAUCAUUUGUUGGCGAUGCAAUGCUUGGAAAGAGCAGAUACGCAUGAUACGAAGAGAGUGUCGAGCUAA